CAAGGUCAGCUUGGUCUACAUAAUGAAUUCUAGGCUAGCCAGGGCCAUAGUGAGACCAUGCUUAAAAAAAAAAAAAAGAGCAAAUCUUAAAUGAUAUCUACCCAGCAUUUGAACAGGUUGAUUGCAAAACUAAAGCUGUUUUUCUUAGUAUCAUCGGACAGUAUUCAGUUGCGAAAGGAAUGCAAGUUGCCAAGAUCAAACUGGAGUUGCUCGAGUCAGCCCUAACCAGUCAAUAAAGCCAGGAGAAGGACGCAUACUGUUACAGCCAGUACUGCCAGAAGCACAUAAGCUUACAUGGCGAGUCCCCCUGCAAGCACAUUGGCCUCACGUGUUCAGCCUUGGACUGUUAGUCACUUUGGCCAUGGAUUAUCCUAACAACGUGGGGUGGGGCCCCGGGAGGUUAGGAACGGGUGCUGGAACUACAGUUUUGGGUGGGUGUGAGUCAUCAAGUGGGUGAUGGGAACCAAACCAGGUCCUUUCAGGGAGCAAGUUUUUCUCAACCACCAAGCUUAUUUAUUGAUUUAUUUACAGAUCAAGUCCCAUUAUGCAGCCUAAGAUGACCUAGAGCUCAGCCUAGGCUGGCCUCAAAAAUCAGACGAGAUCACCUCCCGCUUCUGCCUCCUAGGGCUGGGAUGGAAAAUGUAACACCUGGCUGUUGACCUUUUCUGUGCAUUGGGAACAUUCCUAAUGAAAACACGUUGCUAGGAAUAAGAGCAAGUGCCAUCACCUCAGGCACAGGUCACUUUCAAGGGCUGUGAAGAAAGCAGUGAGUUUCACACGUGCACUGAAGAGGAUAAAGCAAACUGCAAAUUGGAAACAGGAGGGUGAACCCUGGAGAAUUAGCUUUUUUUUUUUUUUUUUUUUAUACUUCCUGGGACGAGGUCUCUCUACGUAGUAGUCCUGGCUCUCCUGGAACUCACUCUGUAGACCAGGCUGGCCUCAAACUCAGAGAUCUGCCUGCCUCCCGGGUGCUAGGAUUAAAGACCGGUGCCAUCAUGCUCUGCUUGGUUUUUCUGUAUGUUGGGCACAUUUCUAAUAAAAAGGUGCCUGUGUCUGGCAAGACGUCUCAGCAGCCAACCCUAGCGUCAUAAAUCCCACCCCUGGGACCCCACAGAAUAGGAGAGAAGCAACUUCCACAAGUGGGCCUCUGACCUUCACACUAGACCCUCACCUCACGCAAAAUUAGUUUAAAAAAAAAAAAGGAGUUGGCGAGGGUCUAGUGUUGUGGGACCUUUACUUCCUUACCUAUAAAACUGGCCUAAAAAAAUAUCCGUCUGCCCUUUUCAUCUGCAUUAAAAAUGUAGGUGACCUGAUCCAGCUGUACGGGGGCUGUGAGUGCCGUGCCUAUCUGUAUGUCGCUGUGAUGCUGACAGCUGAGUGGAUUUGGCGGGAAACGCUUAUGUCUGCCGGGACUCGGUUUUCCACAUCCAAGAUGCCUGAAAGUAAACUUGCCCUAGAGAGACCGCAGCGCGCGCGGGCUGAAGGGCGAGUGGGCCUUGGAACAUUGAUUGAAGUGGAACCAACCAAUCACAGCGCAGAGGUUAAAAAAAAAAAAAAACCAAAAACGGCGCCAGAAGCAAAAAACGCUCAGCUCCUGACAGGUCGGAGUACAGGGGAGCCUAGGCGGGGCUGCCCACAAAGCUCAGCCGGUUUAGCGGGAGGAAGAGGCGUUUGGAGGAGGUUGUGAGCCGAGAGGAGAGAAUGGCGGCACCCUUCCCCCUUCCCUCAGUGACUCAGUGUUAUUUUAGUAGCCCGACCUCCGUUGUACUGAGGACACCAGGAGCUGGAGAAAACAAAGGCAGCCCCUUACGAUACUGAUAACUGAGUAGUAGAAUGUGAAUUAGGCCAUUAUAUAUUUAAAAAAGACCUGACAAAUUGGCUAGAGGUGAUUUAAAAUAUUUAUCGAUAUGGCCCAUAUGGGGACCUGGGUUUUGUCCCAGCACCAUAUAAAUUGCGCUGCGGUGGAUGCACGCCUGUAGCCUUGGCCAGGAGGAUCAGUUCAAGGUCUUUAUCAAGUACAUACUGAGUUAGAGGCCAUCUAGGAUAGACUUAAGACUGUUUGAAAGGAGGGGUUGGGUAUACUGGUGUGUGUCUUGGUGAAACUGAGAAUGUCUAUUUGCGUCCAUGUAUUUUUAUCUUAGAAACUAAACCGCCCGCCUUAACUUUGAGCUGCCACUAUUGUUCGAUGAUUUUCACAUCUACAGUGAGAGAGAGGGGAGCCUCCCUCGCCCUCUUUUAAAAUAUUUGACCUAGGAGAGUCAUAGGAGCGUUCCCAGGUUCCACCGUUCUUUCCGGGAUCUCAGCGUCCCUUCUCAGCACUUAUCUCUGGUUAUCUUGGACCCCGCAGGGCAAACCAGAAAGCCAGCGACAAAGCCAUAAGGAAACUUGAAUUCCUGUCUCCACCCUCACCACAGGAAUUUUCAAAUUCAUUUGUUGGACUCUUGGACGCCCAGAGUCGUUAAACGAACGUAGGACUCGUAAUCAUCCUCUGAGCUUCUCGGAAUUUUUGUUCGGCCAGCAACCUUUUAAAACAAGUGGGACACAGGGGCUGGGGGCCUGACAGAAGAGGCGGGGGUUAGGAAAUGGCCCCCAAGGCUGCGUCCGUACCCCUUAGUGUACUUGGAGGCAGUUUUUAGGGAACCCUAGUUUGAGAACCCUCUUAUCCCACAAGGUCGGCGCGAUUACUUGGGACCCCGAAUCUCUUUAAGAAACCAGGGUUCCCCGCACCCCUAGACUAGGGACGCAAAGUCACUCAAGGCAACGUGUCCCAGAGGCCAGCAGCGUCACUCCACCCUAGGCACCAACCUCGGCGGCAACGCCCGGCACCCCCUUGAGCUCUCCAAUCCCCGAGCCUCUAGCAAUCCAAAACGGUUCCGGCCCCUCGAGCGCCCGCGCGCACCAGGGCGGCGCAGACUCCUUGUAGGUCUUUGUGCGGAAGGCCUACGGCGCAACUCAAAUCUCCCGCGCUGAGCGGCGAGCGGGGUCAGCGGCGUCCAAUCGCAGCCGAGGACACGCCCACCUCGGACCGCGCGAUUCGAACGCCCUUUAAAGGGUGCGGACGCCGGCAGCUGCCGGUGCACCGGAUUCCAGCUGUUCCCUCUUCUCCUCGUCCUCUCCACCUCUGCCUUCGUUCGCCAUGCUCUCGGUCCGCGCCCCGCUCGCCACCAUCGCUGACCAGCAGCAGCUGCACUUGUCGCCCCUGAAGCGACUCAGUCUGGCUGACAAGGAGAACACGCCCCCAACCCUCAGCAGCGCCCGCGUCCUGGCUAGCAAGGCUGCAAGGAGAAUCUUCCAGGACUCUGCCGAGCUGGUGAGUGGCCCGUGUGGGGCUGAGGAAAGUAAAGCACCCACUAAGCCCAGCAUUGAGGAAGAGCCGUUACUGAGAGAAAAUCCCCGCCGUUUCGUUGUCUUUCCCAUCGAAUACCAUGAUAUCUGGCAGAUGUACAAGAAAGCUGAGGCCUCCUUUUGGACUGCCGAGGAGGUGGACCUUUCCAAGGAUAUUCAGCACUGGGAAGCUCUGAAACCAGAUGAGAGACAUUUUAUAUCUCAUGUUCUGGCCUUCUUUGCGGCGAGUGACGGCAUAGUCAAUGAGAACUUGGUGGAGCGAUUUAGCCAAGAAGUUCAAGUCACAGAGGCCCGCUGUUUCUAUGGCUUCCAAAUUGCCAUGGAGAACAUACACUCCGAAAUGUACAGUCUCCUUAUUGACACUUACAUUAAAGAUUCCAAAGAAAGAGAAUAUCUCUUCAACGCCAUUGAGACAAUGCCUUGUGUGAAGAAGAAGGCUGACUGGGCCUUGCGUUGGAUUGGGGACAAAGAGGCUACGUAUGGAGAACGAGUUGUGGCCUUCGCUGCGGUAGAAGGAAUCUUCUUUUCUGGUUCUUUUGCAUCAAUAUUCUGGCUCAAGAAACGGGGACUGAUGCCGGGCCUUACAUUUUCCAAUGAGCUUAUUAGCAGAGAUGAGGGUCUGCACUGUGACUUUGCCUGCCUGAUGUUCAAGCACCUGGUACACAAGCCCUCGGAGCAGAGAGUAAAAGAAAUAAUUACCAACUCGGUCAGGAUAGAGCAGGAGUUCCUCACAGAGGCCCUGCCUGUGAAGCUCAUCGGGAUGAAUUGCACCUUGAUGAAGCAGUACAUCGAGUUUGUGGCCGACAGGCUUAUGCUGGAGCUGGGUUUUAACAAGAUUUUCAAAGUAGAAAAUCCAUUUGACUUCAUGGAGAAUAUUUCACUAGAAGGAAAAACAAACUUCUUUGAGAAGCGAGUAGGCGAGUACCAGAGGAUGGGAGUAAUGUCAAAUUCGACAGAAAAUUCUUUCACCUUGGAUGCUGACUUCUAAGCAACCGAUCCGUGUGCUCUUUGCUGAUUAUUCUCCCCUUGUCAUUAAAAGAAAUCAGCAAAACCAAACAACUGGCUACACCACGAAUUGUCGUUAAAUUUGCUAACUGGUGUCUAAAAGCCGUGUAGCUACCUCGGUCCUGCUUGCUAGGUUUGCCACUAGAAGGAAGCAUACUUAAAACAAUGGCUACUUGGAUCCUCAGGGAGAUCCUGUCUGCAAGUCGCGUGGUCACCCUUAGCUUCAUCAAAGCACUAACAGCUCACCCGGCCAGGCUUCAUGAGCACUGACCCUCAAGCAAGCAGGUUUAUUAAACAUUUAGAUGCCAACCUCACUUACUGUUUCCUGCAGUCAUGGAGAGUUUACUUAACAAGUUUGUAAAUAAUAAAACUGGCACUUUGCACACAGACUUGGUACUAUCCUAGGGGAAGGCCUGCUUUAUUUGGUUUCUAGACCGAGUAGGAAGUGAUCCAUUUACCACUGAGGGCAGCCCCAUUCAGAGUCUUAAGUGACUAAGCCAGUGUUGAACAAGCAAUUUCCAGGCUUUGUUCUUCAGGGAACUUCCCAUCAGCUUUGAAGUCGGUCCUGUGCACCCUAGGCACAUGGAUCAGUUCACAAGUGGGGUUCAGUGGAGAGAACUUCCCCCUCAGAAGUCACUUGAAACUUAGAUGAGAUUUGGGACACUUGCUGGUUGACUCUGUCUCAUUUGUGUAAAAAGUAGUUUUUUUUUUUUUUUUUUUCCAAGUUAUACUUUGUCCCAUUCCUAGUUAGUACAAAGUCUUGAAAGGGCCUUUGUAGGGCUUUUUAAGUCAGGGUCUUAACUAUGUAACUCUGGCUUGGCCUGGAACUUGCUAUGUAGACCAGGUUACCCUCAAACUUGCCUGUCUUCCCAAAUACUGGGAUUAAGGUUUCUGUGACCAUACCUGGCUUUACCUGAUUAAUUCCUAAACACCAGAAAACCAGUACUGUAUGAGAUGUUAAUGUGUGUUCCUUUCAGACUGGAGUACAGACCAGUAGAUAACAGAUAACAGCUGGUUCACCUUAAUCUGCCUUUUUGUGUAUUAAUCUGUGUUUAGAGAACGGAACAAUAGCCAGAAUUCACCUAGCGAGUUCGAGGCCAGUUGGUGUAUAUGUGGGACUCUUAACCAAAACAGCAAGCGUUCCCUGGGGUAGUUCACAAUGAUCUCCAGCUUCCUUGUUAACCAGAUAACUGCAAGUCAGAUGUAUGACCCUGGUUGGUUUAUUGUAUUGAUAUGUUUCUGUAAUAUGAGUAAAUUAUUGUUACUUAAAAGUAAUAAAUUCAAGUUUCAAAAUUG